UCUAAUAUGGCGGAUCAAAAUAACAAGGGCGCUAAAAGAUUAUUUUCAGUUUUUGUGAGAGUUUUUUUAUAGGACCGAUUAUCACAUGAUUGUUUUAAAACUAAUUUGAUUCGUUUUUAUACGAUCAACAUUGUUUUACGCUGAUAUCGAUUAGAUAGAGAAACAGAUCUAGGAUAAGAAUGACGUCAAUAAAAGUAAAUUUCGAAAUUGGUCACGAAGCUUCGCUGCGUACUAAGAAGACCCCUGAGGGUUUCACUCAUGAUUGGGAGGUGUUCGUCCGGGGACAAGAAGGAGCUGACAUCAGCCACUUCGUAGAAAAAGUGGUUUUCCACUUGCAUGAAACCUUCCCUAAACCAAAAAGAGUUGUAAAGGAGCCACCAUUUUCCAUUAAAGAAUCAGGAUAUGCUGGUUUCUUUUUUCCUAUUGAAAUAUAUCUGAAAAAUAAGGAAGAACCUAAAAAAAUUAAGUUCAGCUAUGACUUGACUCUGCAGCAAAGUGGUUCUUUAAAAGAUCGAUAUAUUUUCCAAAAUCCUACUGAUGAUUUUAAAAAGAAAUUGCUUAAAGGUGGUGGAAUUGUUGUAAACAAUAAUGCAUAUUAUACAAAUCCUGAUCAAGAAAAUAGGAGCAGGGAUUCCUUCACAGAAGAGAAACCACAGCUUGUAAGUAAACCAAAGUUAUCUUCUGAUGCCCCAAAGAAACAUAAGUCCAAGGAACACAAAGAAGAUGUGCCUUCAAGAACUACAAGCAGCUUUGAAAACUUAUUUGGACCACCAAUUCAUAAGCCCCCUAAAAUAUCUCCUGAUCCUAAGAAAAUGGACAAAACUGGUGCAGUAACAGUGAAGUCUGAGAAAAAAGAUAAAGAAAGGACCAGUUCCGAUAAGGUGAAAUCUAAGCAUGAGCACAAGGAGGCAAAACCCGAGAAAGUUAAAGUGAAGGAAGAAAAGGAAAAGAUAAAAACUGAGAAGGUGAAGAGUCACAAGGAGGAGAGAUCGAAGGAGAAGUCGAGCAAGAGGCCGAGCGAGCGGCCGCCGUCGCCGGAGCCCGCCAAGAAGAAGUGUGUGAGCCCCGCGCGCCGCCCGCCCAGCCCGCGCCGCCCGCCCAGCCCGCCGCCGCGCUCCAACAGCGCCGCCAGCUCCAAAGAUGACUAUAAGCCUACUAAACUCAACAAUGAAACUGUAGAACAGAAAAAACCCAUUAAAGUCGAGCCAGAAUCCAAGCCCGACAAAGAAGUCAAAGAGAAAAAGAAGAAAGAAAAGAAAAGCCAUGAUAGAGAAAAAGAGAGAAAGGAAAAGAAAGAACAUAAAAAGGAAAGUCAUAAAUCCAAAGAUCCACCCAAGGAAGUCCCAAAAGAGAUUCCUAAAGUUAAAGAGGUUCCAAAGGAAAAGGAGAAAGAAGUAGUUAAGGAAAAAGUUGCAGAACCACCAGUGUCUAAAGAGAAGGAAAAAGUGCCUAAACCAGAUCGACCAGCCAAUAAAUUUUCUAUUGAAAAUCUAAAGAAGACACCACAAGAUAGUACACAAGAACGACUAACAGAAAAUAAGCCUAAAGAAAAAGAUGCAGAGAGAAAACAUAAACACAAGAAAAAGGAUAAGAAACGAGAUGAAUCUAGAGAAAAACAUAAGGAUAGUAGUAAAGAUAAAAAACAUAAGCAUGAAAAGGUAAGAGAAAUACCGCCUGAAAAACCUGAAAUUGUUGAGCGUCGUGAAACUCCUGUCCCUAAAGAAAGACCAACUGUGCCUGAGCCUGCGUCCCCUAUCUCGGUGGACACGGCCUCUCAAUGUAGCUCUAAAAGUGGUGUUGCUAAAACAUCAAGAACUGGUGCUGAAGAUAUUAACAGUAGUCAUUCCGAUUCGGAAGACUCGAUAGUAGCUGAGGAGGAGGAGUCAAAGGUAAAAAUAGAAGUUUCGUCUCCUGAACCAGUAAAAGAGAGAGAAAUCUCUCCAGAGCCCGAGCCGGAACCAGAGCCGGAGCCUGAGCCCGUCGUAGAGCCGCCGCCGCCGCAAAAAGAAAAGUCUAAGAAACACAAAGACAAAUCAUCAAAGCGAGAAGAGAAGAAGCGCAAAAGAAAAGCGGCCGAAGAGGAGGAGGCGGAAAACAGGAAAGUGGCCAAACUGGAGAGCGUGAAAGGAGAUCCGGAGUUGGGCGAGAGCAGCGCGUCGACGUCGGAGACCAAGGUGCAGGACAACGGCGUGUCGAGCAGCCUCGGCGAGGACGCGGAGCCGGGCGAGCUGUCGCCCGACUACAUGGUGCAACUUCGCGCGCUGCAGCAGCGCAUCAUGACCAUCAAGAGCAACGAGGAGCUGGAGCGAGUCGUCAACCUCAUCGCCGAGACCGGCCGCUACGAGGUCACUACCCAGACCUUCGACUUCGACCUGUGCCUGCUGGACCGCUCCACCGUGCAGCAGCUCAUCCUGCUCGUGGGCUGCUAGCGCCCGCCGCGGCCCGGCAAACCAAAUGUAAAUAACAACACACUACCUACUAAAUGUACAGAGAGUUUUUACUAUGUAUGGGGGCCGCAUACCGUUUUGCAUAUUUUAUUAUGAAAUUAUGUCAGUAUAGAUAUACUAGUGUUAAACGUAACCUCAUAAUAUUAAUGAACACCACUCGACCGCAUGAGUUUAAGUGCAAUACUCUAUGUAUAGGGACAGAAAUAAGUUUAUAAGACUGUUGAAAAAUAUUGUUGAUAAUAAUGUACCUUUUGUACGUUAUUGUAUGUUUAUCUCAGAGCUUUUAUAUUAUUUUUACGUUGGUUGUAUGUGUAAAUAAUUUAAUAACGUAGCACAGAUCGUUUUUGGCACCAGUUUUGAUGUAAGUAAUGUAAUGUAGAAUAACUUAUUACAACCUAAUGAAAUCGAAGCAUUUUGUGAUUGUUUUUAAAACUUAAAAUGUUAGUUGAACUCAUCGUAAUCGUACGCAUAAAUUAUAGUACUUAUGUUUUAUUUUAUUUAUUAAUGUGUACUGCACUUUAUUGCAUUGCAUUAUACAAUAAGUAAUUUUAAGAUCUCUGAUGCUAUUCGUAACAUCACCAGUAACAUAAAAAGUUUUUUUUUGGUUAAGUGUUUGUAAAAUUAAUUCUAAAUUAAAUUAAAGAAAGUAGUUAAAGUAAUUAUUUUUCUAAAUGGUAAGAUUGUUUCAGACACUUUUUGCGUGCUCUUUUUAGAUAGUACUUGUUACAUAACUUAUUUUAAAAGUAUCUCAUAUUUUAGGCUAUCAUGAAUAAAAUAUAGCGAGUGUAUUUA